ACACCGUCGCCUCCUUCUCCGACUCCGGUGCACGCCCACAGUCAGAUCUCGUCGCACGCAUCUCCGAUCGCCGUCGCCUCCUCGGCUCCUCCUCUUCCCGCCCCGAUCCGGUGUCGGGUCACCGGCCGCCGCCGCCACCACGCAGUAUCCGAGCUCCUCGGAGUGAGACAGCGACCCCUCGCGCUACUGCCUCGCCCGCGGCCGUACCCGUCUCAGGCGACGGCCUGUUCGUGUUUUCCAGGGUCUCCGGCGGCAGAGGGGGUUUGCUCAGCCGAAGCAAGUUCGGGCUCGGGAGGGCAUGGCCGAGCUUGCGGGGGCAGGGGAGCAGCGGGCCGCGCUGCUCGCGGCGGCGUCGCGCUUCCCGCUGCCCGACGGCGCGAGGUUCUCCUACGGGACGGCCGGGUUCCGCGCGGAGGGCGGCACCAUGGGCCCCGCGGUGUGCCGCGCCGGGUUGGUGGCGGCGCUGCGGUCCGUGAAGCUGGGCGGCGCCGCCGUCGGGCUGGUCAUCACGGCCUCGCACAACCCCGUCCGCGACAACGGCGUCAAGAUCGUUGACGCGGACGGCGGCAUGAUGUCGCAGGACUGGGAGCCGUUCGCCGACGCCCUCGCCAAUGCCCCCAACCCCGACGCUCUCCUCCAGAUUGUGCUUCAGUUUGCUAAAGAUGAGGAGAUUAAACUUGGUGGAUGUCACUCGGCACAAGUGCUGCUGGCAAGGGACACGAGGCCAACUGGAGAGUACCUCCUUGCUGCAGCCAUGAAGGGAGUAAAUGCGGUUAUAGGUGCGGUUGCAGUUGACAUGGGGAUUCUCACCACUCCACAGCUACAUUGGAUGGUUCGAAGUAAAAACAAAGGACUGAGAGAUUCUGAGAUGGAUUACUUUUCACAAGUUAUUGGUUCUUUCAGGUGUUUAUUGGAGUUAGUCCCCAAAGAUAAAGGAGCUGAUGUGAUUAACAAUAGACUAAUUGUUGAUGGAGCAAAUGGCAUUGGUGGGUUGAAGCUUGAAGAAAUGAAGGAAAACAUUUCUGGAUUAGACAUUCAUGUGAGGAAUUCAGGAAGAGGAGAAGGGAUACUCAAUGAGAGGUGUGGUGCAGACUUUGUUCAGAAGGAAAAAGUUGUUCCUCUUGGGUUUGUCCCUGAAGAUGCCACUUUCAGGUGUGCAAGUUUUGAUGGUGAUGCUGACCGGCUCGUUUAUUUCCGUAUUGUAUCGUCUAGUGACAGUAGGAUUGAUCUCGUUGAUGGUGACAAGAUAUUAUCACUAUUUGUGCUAUUUAUCAGAGAGCAAUUAGAUAUUAUCAAUGGAAAAGACAAUCAAGGAAAUGAAGUACUGCCUACACGUUUUGGUGUAAUUCAAACAGCUUAUGCAAAUGGUGCAUCAACAGAUUAUCUCAAGGACCUUGGCCUUGAAGUUGUAUUCACUCCAACUGGAGUGAAAUACCUUCACAAGAAGGCCCUGGAAUAUGACAUUGGCAUCUACUUUGAAGCCAAUGGACAUGGGACGGUACUAUUCUCAGACCAUUUUGUCUCACAACUGGAGUCUUUGACUAGUGAGUUUUCCUCAAAGGUUGCAGGUUCUUCACAACACCAAGCUGCUAUGAGAUUGUUGGCCACAAGUCAAUUAAUUAAUCAAGCAGUUGGAGAUGCUAUAAGUGGAAUGCUCUUGGUGGAGGCUGUUUUGCAAUACAAGGGAUGGUCGUUCCAGAAUUGGUGUGACCUGUACACUGAUCUUCCCAGUAGACAAUUGAAGGUUAAAGUUCAAGAUCGAGCUGCUAUUGUUACAACUGAUGCAGAAAGAAGAGUCUGUCAGCCUUCAGGGCUGCAAGAACUGAUAGAUGGGGAGAUAGCCAAAUACUCGCACGGGCGAUGUUUUGUGCGGCCAUCUGGUACUGAGGACGUGGUACGUGUAUACGCAGAGGCAUCUACAGAGGAAGCAGCUGAUAGCCUUGCAAAACAAGUGGCACAGCAUGUUGAGCGCAUUCUUGGAUAGUUUCUCUUCACUUUUUUCUUAAAACAUCUCUUCACUUCCCUGGAGUUUAAAUUUAAAUUUAAGCUGAAUUGCCUCACAUUUGAAGAAUAGGCCAUGUCCAUUUGUUUGUAAUGCAAUACUCCCCCCAUUUCCAGGAGCACUUGUUUAUUCGGAAAUUUCAGAUUGUACAAACCGUAUGUAGAGCCGUCAGUUACCGUACCGGAUAGAUCAUUGAUAAUGAUAUGAACAGAAUACGUUCGAGCGUCA